UCGGUGCUGCGCGGCCAUGGCGGGGCUGGAGCCGCUGUACGCCUGGGCUCGGGCCGCCGUGUCGCGGCCGCAGGACGCGCUGAUCUGUGCCGUGCACUGGGAGCUGGUCCGGCACGGCUACCGCUGCCUCGGCAACGGCGACCAGGCAGGUCCUGAUGAGAGGAGGUCGGAGCUGUUGCCCGCUGGCUGGGAGGCCAACAAGGAGCUGUACACGCUGCGCUACCAGGCGCUGGCCGGGGCCCGUGAGCUGCUGCUCAAGGCCAUCAUGGUGGACGACAGUAUGAUCCUCAAUGUCAUGGAUUGCAGUUCUCAGAAGGUGGCAGAUGUGACCUUGUCAGUGGCUGACUACAUCAACCCAGAGCAUCUGGAUGAUUUCCACAAAGUGUACAAGAACACUGAGGAGCUGAGGACCAGGAUUGCUUCGGGCAUCAUUGCUCCCCUCGGAAUCCCCACAGAAAAAGCCCCAAAGGAGCCUGAGGCUGGGGAGAAGGAUCCUGACCUGCUCCGGGAUUCCCACCCCCUGAGGGACCCUCCCCGGCAGCCGCUGGGCGCGAGGCCACCGUCCUGGCCUUCCCCCGUGAACCCCUUCGCUGUCGGCGGGGAAGACCUGGACCCUUUUGGAGGCCGCAGCGGGGGAAUGGUGCUGGAUCCUCUGCGCUCCGGCUUCCCCCGGCCCGGCAUCGACCCUUCCUCGGGCAUCCCCGGCCGCCUGCCCCCGGGCGCCGUCCCGCCGGGCGCCAGAUUCGACCCCUUCAGCCCGGUGGGCACCGGCAGGGCUGGGCCGGAUCCCGACCACCUUCCCCCUCCGGGCUACGACGACAUGUUCAUGUGAGGAGUCCCCUCGUGCCCUGAGCGCUCUGGGGUGCAGGGACACUUCCCCCCUCGGUGGGCACUUCCCCCCUCGGUGGCCUUUGAUCUUCUCAGCAGCGUUUUCCCUCUCCCCAUUCGGGGCCACCCUCCUGUCUCAGCCCAGCCAUAAAGGUUUCCCUGGGUGCUGCA